UACGUUGUGUUCGUAUAUUGAACUAUUAGGAGAUGACUACAGAGACUAGCAGAUCAGAUGACAGCACAAGCAGUAGCUUUGGCUUUUCGACGCCAGGUAGUGUUAGCAAGAAGAGACCACAUAGAACUGCCAGUGCUCAUUUCUACUGGGUUACAAGAGAGCCUGGGUCAUUUGAGUGGUUCAAAGGUGUUAUGAAUGAAGUUGCAGAAAUGGAUAGAAAGGGAGUUAUAGAGAUGCAUAAUUACCUAACAAGUGUCUACGAGGAGGGAGAUGCGAGGACCACUCUUCUCACCAUGGUGCAAGCUCUCAAUCAUGCCAAGAAUGGCUACGAUAUAGUCUCUGGCACUCGGGUUAGAACACAUUUUGCAAGGCCCAAUUGGAGGGAAGUUUUCAUGAAAAUAGCUUCAAAGCAUCGAGGCGGCACUGUAGGUGUAUUCUAUUGUGGAACUCCAGUAUUAGCCAAGGAAUUGAGAAGUUUAUCCCAUGAGAUGAGCCACAAGACUUCAACAAGAUUUCACUUCCACAAGGAGUACUUCUAAUUCUUUGGCCUUAUGUAAAGGGGCAAAAUGCACUAAAUUUUUGUGUACUUCUUAAAAAAGAAAAAGAAAAUGUUACAUAUAGCCAUAUAGGGAAAGUAUUCACAUCAAAAUGUAUAUAAAUAUUUCUCGUAUAUAGAGUAGAGAAAAGAAGGGGAAAUAGAGUUAGCAAGAAGAGAGGACUUUGAAUCUUUCCUACCAUCAUUUUUUUUACGUAACUUAUAAUAUGUAUGCAAUAAACGAUAUUAAAAUUGAAGUUAUAGUUUUUUCAUGUAAAAUUGAAGCCAAUUACUAAUUUGUUUC